CAACUGGGCAACUGGCGGCCGCAGGAGCGGUUGCGGACAGUCAGCGCGCUGCUGGUGACGUGUCUGAAUCUUGGCACGGACCCGCCAGACCUGGUGAAGCCGGCAAAGAGCUCGGUGCUGGAGGCGUGGGUGGACCCGAACGCACCACGGACACCAAUGAAGCAGAUCAUGGAAAACCUGCAGCGGCAGUUUGAAACGAUCCAGCGGCACGCGCGGUACAAGGCGCUGCCGGACUGUGCCAUCGAGGACCUGAAAAAGUACUGUGUGCAGUUCCGGCGCGGGUCCAAGGACGGGCGAAUCAUGUUUUACUACAACGGACACGGGGUGCCGCGACCGACGGGCAGCGGCGACAUCUGGGUGUUCAACCGGCAGUUCACGCAGUACAUUCCGGUGUCAGCGGCGGAUCUGAUGGCAUGGGUGGGGACGCCAGGGGCGUAUAUCUGGGACUGCUCGCAUGCGAUGAGCGUGGUGGCAGCGUUCCAGAAGGGUGCUAGGGCGGGGCAGCACCCGCAGCAACAGGCGGCACCAGUCAACCCGGCGCUGAUCAGUUUGGCCUUGCUGCCGCAGAUAUACCGCGACGACAUCCACUUUGCAGCGACACGGAGCAGUGAGCUGCUGCCGACGAACCCAGUGCUACCAGCAGACCUGUUCACAUCGUGCCUGACGACGCCGGUGCGUGUGGCGAUGCGGUUCUGGGUCACAUGCAACCCGCAAGCGAAAAACAUCACGGUGGAGAUGUGCGAGCAGCUGCCGGGGUCAGUGCAGGACCGGCGGACGCCGCUGGGGGAGCUGAACUGGAUUCUGACAUCGAUCACAGACACGAUCGCAUGGACGACGGUGCCGCGGGAGCUUUUCAGCCGGCUGUUCCGGCAGGACAUGAUGCUAUCAACCCUGUUCCGCAACUACAUUCUAGCGGACCAUAUUAUGCGGUACUACGGGGUGCAUCCGUAUUGCAGUCCGGAGCUGCCGCCGACGCACAAGCACCCGCUGUGGGCGAGCCUUGACCUGGAGAUUGACAUGUGUCUGCAGCAGCUGCCGCGGCUGAUCAAGGAGGAGAAGCGGCGGAAGCGGCGAUACAUCUCGUCGUCGUAUUUCAGCAACCAGCUGCAUGCGUUUGAGGUGUGGUUGCAGCACGCGGCGACGGUGCCGCCGCCGGGGCUGGAGGCGCCGGACGAGCUGCCGGCGGUGCUGCAGGUGCUGCUAAGCCAGCAGUACCGGCUGCGGUCGCUGAUCCUGCUGUACCGGUUUAUGAACCUGGGACCGUGGGCGGUGAACCUGUCGAUGGCGGUAGGGAUUUUCCCGUACAUCUCAAAGCUGCUGGCGUCGACAACGACAGAGAUCCGCGAGAUUCUGAUUCUGGUGUGGGCGCGGCUGUCGGCGGUGGACCACGCACUGCACCCGGAGCUGCUCAAGAACAACUCGUUCACGUACUUUGUGUCGUAUCUGGCCAACAACAUCCAGAUGCAGUGUGCGCCGGUCAGCGACAAGGUGCGGCUGUGCGAUACAGUGUCGGCAGCGAGCGCUUUUACGCUGACGAUCCUGUGCCGCGAUCACGAG